CUCCUGCUUCAUCCAGCUCAGAGAGCCAGGGGCGAGGAUGAGCUUGGAGGCUGGGAAGAAGCGGGGCCGCCCCACGGCCUCCGGGGACAAGAAAGCCAAGCGGAAGCUGAAGAGGAAGGAGACCUACUCGGUUUACAUCUACAAGGUGCUGAAGCAGGUGCACCCAGACACGGGGAUCUCCUCGAAGGCCAUGAGCAUCAUGAACUCCUUCGUGAACGACGUGUUCGAGCGCAUUGCCAGCGAGGCGGCGCGCCUGGCGCAGUACAACAAGCGCACCACCAUCACCAGCCGUGAGGUGCAGACGGCCGUGCGCCUGCUGCUGCCCGGCGAGCUGGCCAAGCACGCCGUCUCCGAGGGCACCAAGGCCGUCACUAAGUACACCAGCAGCAAGUGACCACUGCACCCCAAUAAAAGGCACCGCUGCCCCCGUACCGC